GGGUGAAGGGUCAGGGCAGGCGGAGCUCCUGUCUCUCACCCACGGUGUCCGGCCCCUAAUCAGGGCCCAGGCUCGACUUUGGCCUCAGUGAUGGAUGUGGUCCCGGAGGCGGCGGCGGCUCUGGCGGCGCUGGAGGGCGGCACUAAGGCAGAGAUUGAGCCGAUGCUUCAGAAAUAUAACCGGCAGAACAGUCGGACUUUCACAUUUGAUCAAAACGAGGAAGAAGUGAGAAAGAAAAUAUGUGAUGAAUUGCUGAAAGUGCUGCAGAAAGACCUGGGACCAUCCUGUCAAACCACCUGUUUAGAAACGAUCCGUAUUCUCUCCAGGGACAAGAAGGUUUUGGCUCCUUUGACGACCAGGCCGGCAAUGCUGGCCCUAAUGAGGCUGGCUGGAUUGGAGUAUACGCAAAGUUCGGUGCAGGAGAUGUCCAAUUUUAGUGUUAAAGUUGAGGCUUUAAAAUGUCUGUGCAACAUUGUGUUCAACAGUGAGAAGGCACAGCGACUCAGUGUGGACUUUAAGCUUGCCGUUGGAGUAUGUGAGCGCUUAAAGAUGCACAGAGACAAAAACCUGUCUCAUGAGAUUAAGUUCUUUGACUUGCGCCUCCUUUUCCUACUGUCAGCAUUGCAGACGGACAUCAGGGCUCAGCUAAAGGAAGAACAGGGGCUACUGUUGCUGACCGAUAUCCUAGAGAACACACUGGACAUCAAGUGGUCAGAUAAAUAUGUGGUAGCCACAGAUUGCAGGUAUCCUCCCUUGUCUAAAGAGCAGGCAGAUUUUGCCAUGGAGGCACUAAAAGCUCUCUUUAAUGUCACCUAUGACUGCAGCCAGAAGAAAAUUGAUGACGAUGACAUCCAUCAGUACAGACACCUUGCUGCUAUUCUAUGCCACUGUUUGCUAUUGAAGACCCAGACUGAAGACAAAACUGAAGAAUUUCAUAGCCACACAAUCAAUCUUUUAAGCAACAUUCCAGUGUCAGCCAUGGAUCUCCUUUUCAGCCCCAACAUCAAAUGUGGAACAGUCGAUUACAAUGGGAAGAAGAUGGAUGCAGUUGAGAUUUUGCUGUGUUUCAUGGAAAAGAGAAUAGACAGAGGGUCCAAUUUAAAGGAAGGAUUGACUCCAGUUUUAAGUGUCCUGACAGAAGGUUCCAGGAAGCACAGAGAUAUGAGGAAAUAUAUCCGUUCACGGGUCCUGCCUCCUUUAAAAGAUGUAAAGAAUCGUCCCGAAAUUGGCACCACACUUAGAAAUAAGCUGGUACGUCUCAUGACCCACAUCGACACUGGGGUGAAACACACUGCAGCAGAAUUCCUGUUUGUGCUGUGCAAAGAGAGUGUUGAUUGCUUGUUAAAGUACACUGGCUACGGUAAUGCUGCGGGGUUACUUGCUGCCCACGGGCUGCUGGCUGGAGGAAGGGGUGACGGGCAGUAUUCUGAAGAUGAGGACACGGACACUGAAGAGUACAAAAGUGUCAAAUCUUUCAUUAAUCCCAUCACUGGUCACGUUGAAGAUCCGAUGCCCAAUCCAAUGGACGGAAUGACCGAGGAACAGAAAGAGUAUGAAGCAAUGAAACUCGUCAAUAUGUUUGACAAGCUGUCCAGGGAGCAGAUAAUUAAGCCAAUGAGAGUUAAGCCAGACGGCACAAUGGGUCCCUUGGAGGAAGUAGCCAAUGAGUACACCAGUGAUCACAAUUCCACUUCAGAUUCUGAUGAGAAUAUCUAGUGGGGCACCUUCUAUCCCUUCGCGGAACUCUGCCUUUCUUUAAUUAUUUUCACAGGACCUGUUCGCCAGAAAGAAAAAAAAUGGUUUCCAGCCUGGAGUGCAGAUGAUGCAUUAGGUCAUCUCUAAAGCUUCCUGACAGCUGUACAGAAAGGCUGGCCUUAUCUGCAGAGAGGAUACUUUCUAUUUAUUUCUUUUGCACCAUCUUUAUACCAUUGUUUGUAAGGCCAGAGCACUAUAAGUUUCCAAUGUCAUCCGGUUCCACAACUGACAGCAUCAACAGUGCACUGGAGUUGGAAUGAAAGGACUGCCAUUCUGGAUUGAUCUCCACUGGGAAGCAAUAUGAGCAGAACAGAGUGCGUCGUAUCAGAGAGAGUGAAGUGACUGUUCCAGAAUUACACUGUACAGAAUCAUGCUUGGUAUAUUUAAAUUACUCAAUGUAUUGAAGUUAGUCCAACAACAUGUAAAUUUUAAAAAACUUGCAUUUUCAGAGUAUUUCACAGCAUGUCACAACCGAUUCAUUAUUUCUGAAAUGUAGCCACUGCUGUUAUGUAGGUAAACACGACAACCAUUUUGUGUACUGCAAGGCCCCACUACUAACAUGAAUGACCAGCUGAUCUGGUUUUGGUGCUGCUAUUGAGGGAUGGAAGUUGGUCAGGACACCAGGUGAAUGUUUUGAAGAGCAGAAACAAUGUGCUGCUUUUCCUCCUAAAAGAAAUAGGACCAAAGGAUUCAAAAUUGGUGGCAGGAGGAAUGAUCUGGUUUAAUGUCGAUUACAAAAAUUUGUCAAAAGAGCAACACAGCACUGCAGUGUCUUGCUGAGCAGUGGGAUUAUACCUCCUUGUGAUCCAGAUUGUAGCAGUCUGGGGAAAACUUAAUCCUGGGCUCUAUGUUGCCUUCAGUGAGGAAGGAACUUAAAUUGAAUUAAGUAUAAUGCAAUAUUACACAAAGAGAGCUUGGGGAGCCAAAAGUUCCCUGUUGCUUUCUACAUGGCAACAUCUCAGCCAAUCAGUAUAGACCAUACCCAAUUAGCUCGUGCUGGCAAAACUCAAAACACGGUGUCCAACGUUAGAUGUGAUUUCACGAUUAGACAACAUUUGCAACAAAGCUAUGUCCAGUGCUCUGUCCUUUUUUUUUACUGUUGAUCUUAGCAAUUCAGUUGCAUAAGUAGGAGAAUUUUGAUGAUGCAUCUUCUAAAACAUGCAUGCUAAAUAAUGACGCUGACACCCAAUUUAAUAUUCCGUCAGGCUCGUAGUGUGGUGUAUUUGCGUGUACUGGAAGCUACAUAUAUUAAUACACAGGGCCCUGUUCUUUGCAGACAGAAAGAACAUGUACACACAUUGCACCUGUUUCAACUAAAUAAAACAAGUGACAGCCAUUUGCUGACUCAUUCCUCAGGGCAAUGUCUUGAUCAAUCAGCGUCAAGCUACCUGGUUUAAAUUUCAAACAAUGCUUCGCAGUUAACUGUCAGUCACCAUCACUGAUACAUUCUCCAUAGCAAUGCCUCUACCACUCAGAGUCCACUUGCCAGCCAAUCAGCACCCUCUUCACAUACAGUAUAAGUUGUUGUUUUCCCUUUUAUAUCGGUUUUCUGGUGGUGUCCUGACGAGUACAAGACAAAACACUUUGACGUCUCUUUUUUUCAGCAAUACUCAAAUUCUCUAUUACCAAAUGACUAUUUGAAAUUUGACAUUCUUGCAUUUGUCCUGAUGAGUGCAAGAUGAAAAGCUCUGGCAACAUGUCUCUCUUUUCAGCAAUAUUGAAAUUCUGUUCUACAGAGCGACUGAUUAAGUAUAACUGAUUAAAUGGUGUGUUUCCGAGUUUGUAGGUUUGUGAAAUAGAAUAUAUAAAUAUCAAAUGUGCAUCGAGCAGCAUUUAUUGCAUGUGAUCAUGAUUAGUACAAACUGUUACUUUAGGCAAUGAUGGUUUAAACAAAGCUCAAACUUUAACUUUUAAGAAUUAGAAUUGGAAAUAGGAAGCUAUAAUCCUAUUUUUUGAGCUGGGUUGUUGAUAAAUCCUGAAAUUAAAUUAAACUUAACCUGGUUUUUAAUGUUUUAAAGGUGAAUAAUCAGAUUUCUUGUAAAUGGUAUUUUGCAAAACAAACAGAAACAGCUUCUUUGUCAUAGCUGUGGAAUGAAAGAUAUUGCCUCUGAGCAUUAACCGAUUCUCUUUGGUGUAUCCUGAUGAUGACUCUAUAGUAGCCACUACAGUUUCUGUUCUGUUUGGAUAUAAUCAGCUCUGGGUGACUCUCUUUCACGGAGGCUUUACUGCCAAAUAAGUACCACACAUUCAACUUUAAUCACUGGCUGUGGUAACCAUCGAUAUCUGAAGUUGAGCUUUUAUUAUGGUGGAAACUGCAACAAGUCCUGAUAGAAAAAUUACAUCUGUGAAACUUUCAGUACUUUUAUAGUUUAUAAUGAUGAGAAGGGAGGAUUGGGAAUCUGCCUUCCUUCAGUACUUUACAAAUUUGCAUCCUGUAUCACACGAGCUAAUAAAGUGAUUACAAAAAUA